AUGUAUUCUCUCUCUCAGAAAGUGGCUUUCCUCUGUCUUUGCUGGAUGACCUGGGCCGCGAGCAGUCUCGCCCAACUUCAGAGCUUCCGCCCCAGUGGCAUGGAUGGCAUCACCUACAGUAUCAAUAUCCCUCAAGAUACAGCUCGGUCUGGGUCAGGGCCGAUCUACUUUCAACUCAAGUCCACCCGUCAGGUGUCAUGGUUUGCUCUGGGUCAGGGCUCCGGUAUGUCCGGUUCGAAUAUCUUCGUGGUUUAUCCCAACGGAAACAACAACGUGACAGUCUCUCCACGCCUGGGAAGAGGACAAGUGCAACCGCUCCACAAUAGCGAUGCGCAAGUCACGUUGCUAGAAGGAAGUGGUGUGCAAAACGGUGUGGUCACUGCCAACGUACGAUGUGAUAGCUGCAUCAACUGGAGCGGCGGAAGUGCCGAUCUGACGAGCACAUCGAGCUCCUGGAUUUGGGCCGUCAAGAACGGAUCACCAUUGGGUUCCAACGAUGUCUCAGCAUCCAUCAACUUCCACGAUCAAGCCGGUGUAGUAUCGGUCGAUCUCACCAAAGCUACGGGAGGCUCGUCGGUCAACCCGUUCUUGGAGACAUCCAACACGACGGGCUCAACAGUCGUCGUCGCUACACCGCAAAACACCAACACGGACGCCCAGAAACGCAAGACCGCUCACGCGGUCUUGAUGACCGUCGCCUUCGUCAUUAUGUUCCCCAUCUUUGCGCUCUUCUUCCACCUUGCUCCCUCUCCCAAAACGGCCAUCGUCCACGGUAUCCUUCAACUUUUCACACUGGCGGUUGCCAUUGCUGGCAUGGGCAUCGGAAUCGCCAUGGCAGGAGAUUUGGAGCUGAUGAAUGAAGCCCAUCCUAUCAUCGGUCUUGUGGUUGUUGCGGGUAUCACCGUCUUCCAGCCAGUGAUGGGUCUCGUGCAACACCUGCACUACCGCAAGACGCAAAAGAAGAGCAUUUUCGCAUACACCCACCGAUGGUUUGGCCGGGCGAUGAUCGUUCUAGGCAUCAUCAAUGCCGGACUGGGGCUCAAAUUGGGGCGCGCACCUCGGGGAGCGAUCAUCGCUGUCAGUGUGGUUGCUGGCGUGGUGGGUGUUGUAUAUAUUGCUGUCCUUCUGUUUUUUGGUUCCAAACGGCGCGCGCCGAAGGCGUGA